UAAACUUGACUGAAAAAAAUCAAACGUGCACGACUACAUGGGCGCAGCCAUCUUGGACUGACCGGUGUCAAUGUAAAUAAGUAUAUGGACAAUUUUUCCACAACACUGAAGAUGCAAUAUGAUAUUUUACUUGUAACCCAGAUUUUCGUUCUCGUAUUGCCAGCUGUGUGCUCAGAAUGUGAAAGGUCCAAGUGCAGAACUGUUCGGGAUGUAAUACAGAAGGAGCUGUUGCCCCACUACAGAUCCCUUGGAGUCCCUGUGCCGAACAAGUGCCCAUUCCUGAAGGAGCGGGACCGUUACCUUGCCAACGAAGAGCAUAAGGAGAGGGAGUCUUCCUCAAAGUGGGUGUGCGGAUACUGCGGCAAGGCCUUCAUUGGAGAGGUCUACCUUGACAACCACUUCAACAAACGCCACCCAGAGACUGUCUAUCAGGGAGACAACUCAGUGUGUCUAGCUGACCAGUGUGAGGUGUUCAGAUGCGAUGUAUUGACAGGGGUCGCCAAACCUACAUUCUGGGAUGUUUCUCUUUGUAUGGAGGAAGAUAUGCAGGACCUCACUGACGACUGCUUGGAGCUCAUGGAUCUGUGCAUUCCAGAAACAUUGCAAUGGAAUGCUUCAAGGGCAUUAAAAGGACUGCUAGCGAAGUCUGUAUGCUCAUUUUUAACAUGCAAAAAGUAUUUUGAAGCCCCUGAAAAUAUAAAAAGCGAGGACGAUGGGCCUCUGAGUAUAUCCUAUGUGGUAUUGACAAUCUUCCUUGCCAUUAUAUUCAUCUUGUACUAUUGCGUGGCAGUCAAUUACUUUUGGUUCGACACAUUUUCUGAUUUGCAUGACGAUGAAAGGCGACCCCUGGUCAAUCCACAAGGAUAUGAAUCGCUGUUUAAAGACGAAACCGUGGAUCUGAAGGUACGCGUUAUGACCAGAAACCCCAAAAAGUCACCGGUGUCUUCUGAUGUGGCUGAAGAUGAAGACAUCUUCAACAUUCAUGGAGGACUUGAGUCUUCCCUUAUGUUUGCUGAGGAUAGCUAGUUGUCACUUUUCUGAUGUUAAAGGUGUGAUACAUUCCUAUUUAUAGUGUCUUUGUUUACUGCAUGGACUAACGAUGUAAUUAUUUUUGUUAGCCAUGACCACUUGUAAUUGUCUUGCAUUACAGUGAUUUUGCCAUGGUAUGUAACACUUCCAUCCAAUUUAGUUACUUGUUUGUUCUAUGGUAUGCAACAUUUUCAUCUUAUGAAUCUACUUGUGAAGGAAAUAAUAAAAACAAUUGGUGUACUUUUGUCUUUUGUAUACGUAUAAUUUUAGUACAAGAGCGAAAGUUGUUUAAUUUUGAACGUUCGCAAUUGAAAUUGUUCAGUGCAUUUUAUUUUUAAUGAAAUAAACAAAUCCUGGCCCAGUGUCUUUAACCAAUCUGACAUUGAUAUUUAAUGGCUAUGAUAUGGAUUCGUGUGUCAUUGAUUUUGAAUCUGGUUGUCACAAACACAAAAUAAAUGUCAAAAAUGAAAAUCGAUGUGAACAACUAAAAUAUAUUUUGAAUGUCUCAUAGCAAGUCAUAUCAAAUAAAUAUCAUGAGCAUAAAUUUCUGGUGCCACUGUAGAAAAUAUCUAUGUCACUUGAAAUAAAUGUUUUGAUUUCAAGUAGAAUUAAUUUUCAAUCUCGGUGAAAAGUUUUGUGAACCCAAGGCCUGCUUGUUAUGCCCCCUUCGAAGAAGGUAUAUUGUUUUGCUGGAUGUCUUUCUGUCCGUCAGCAGACCAGUUCAUUUUCGAUCAAUAACUCGUGAUUGAAAUGACCAAUUGGCUUGAUACUCCAUAUGUGCAUUGGCCUUGCACAGUACAUGACACCUAUUGGAAAUUGGGUCAAAGGUCAAGGUCACUAUCACAAAAUGUGUGAAAAUUGUUUUUGAUCAAUAAUAAUCAAAGAAUUGACCCAUUGGCAUGACACUUCACAUGUGCAUUGGUCAUGGACAGUAGAUGACUCUAUUGGAAUUGGUGUCACUAGGUCAAAUGUCAAGGUCACUGUCACACUGAAUUGUGAAAUUUUUAUGCCCCCCUUCGAAGAAGAGGGGGUAUUUUGCUUUGCACAUGUCGGUCGGUCGGUCGGUCCGUCCAACAGGUGGUUUCCGGAUGAUAACUCAAGAACGCUUGGGCCUAGGAUCAUGAAACUUCAUAGGUACAUUGAUCAUGACUCGCAGAUGACCCCUAUUGAUUUUGAGGUCACUAGGUCAAGGUCACGGUGACCCGAAAUAGUCAAAUGGUUUUCGGAUGAUAACUCAAGAACGCUUAGGCCUAGGAUCAUGAAACUUGAUAGGUAGAUUGAUCAUGACUCGCAGAUGACCCCUAUAGAUUUUCAGGUCACUAGGUCAAAGGUCAAGGUCACAGUGACCCAAAAUAGUAAAAUGGUUUCUGGAUGAUAACUCAAGAACGCUUAGGCCUAGGAUCAUGAAACUUGAUAGGUAGAUUGAUCAUGACUCGCAGGUGACCCCUGUUGAUUUUCAGGUCACUAGGUCAAAGGUCAAGGUCACAGUGACCCGAAAUAGUAAAAUGGUUUUCGGAUAAUAACUCAAGAACGCUUAUGCCUAGGAUCAUGAAACUUCGUAGGUAGAUUGAUAAUGGCUGGCAGAUGACCCCUAUUGAUUGUCAGGUCACUAGGUCAAAGGUCAAGGUCACGGUGACCCCAAAUAGUAAAAUGGUUUCCGAAUGAUUACUCAAGAACGCUUAUGCCUAGGAUCAUGAAACUUCAUAGGUACAUUGAUCAUGACUCGCAGAUGACCCCUAUUGAUUUUCAGGUCACAAGGUCGAAGGUCAAGGUCAUGGUGACCCAAAAUAAUAAAAUGGUUUCCGGGUGAUAACUCAAGAACGCUUAUGCCUAGGAUCAUGAAACUUGAUAGGUAGAUUGAUUAUGACUCGCAGUUGACCCCUAUUGAUUUUCAGGUCAGUAUAUCAAAGGUCACGGUGACCUGAAAUAGUAAAAUGGUUUCCGUAUGAUAACUCAAGAACGCUAAUGGCUGCGAUCAUGAAACUUAAUAGGUACAUUGAUCAUGACUUGCAGAUGACCCCUAUUGAUUUUGAGGUCACUAGGUCAAAGGUCAAGGUCAUGGUGACCCGAAAUAGUAAAAUGGUUUCCGGAUGAUAACUCAAGAACGCUUAUGCCUAGGAUCAUGAAACUUCAUAGGUACAUUGAUAAUGACUCGCAGAUGACCCCUAUCGAUUUUGAGGUCACUAGGUCAAAGGUCAAGUUCACGGUGACCCAAAAUAGUAAAACGGUUUCUGGAUGAUAACUGAAGAACGCUUAUUCCUAGGAUCAGGAAACUUGAUAGGUAGAUUGAUCAUGACUCGCAGAUGACCCCUAUUGAUUUUCAGGUCACUAGAUCAAAGGUCAAGGUCACGGUGACCCAAAAUAGUAAAAUGGUGUCCGGAUUAUAACUCAAGAACGCUUAUGGCUAGGAUCAUGAAACUUAUUUGUACAUUGAUCAUGACUGGCAGAUGACCCCUAUUGAUUUUGAGGUCACUAGGUCAAAGGUCAAGGUCACAGUGACAAAAAACAUAUUCACACAAUGGCUGUCACUACAACGGAGAGCCCAUAUGGGGGGCAUGCAUGUUUUACAAACAGCCCUUGUAAAUGUUUUUAUUCAUUGUCAAGAAAUAAAUAAUGCCUUAGAAGAUGCUGCAUAUUUUUGUGCAAAAUACUGUUUGGCGUUACUUUUAUUUAUUGAUUUACACAUUCGGUGUAAACAAAUUGUCGCCUCUUUUUUGUGCGUGCUUGGAAUGUGUUAGCUCCGCUCAUAAAUAAUUUGAUAAACGUAUGUAGGAUUCAUGACUUAAUUUAUACUAAAGAAUGCUCCUUUCGUGUUAGUUUUAUUUAAAUAUGUUAUGUGACUUAAGCAGGGCCUGCUCUGCCAUUCACCAAGUAAGCAAAUGGCUACAAAUUAGAAAAUUUGGCAUAAGAAAACUUUUUAUUCAUAAAACUGGUAAAACUAAUCAAAUAUGACAAAAUUCUGUGUUCUACUGUAAAUUUAGCUGAAGAAAAUUUUGAGCCAGGGAGAACCCUGCUUAAGGUUACAGCUAGUUUAUUUAACAGUAAUUUGUUCUUGUUCUAGCAAGGUGCAACAAGAACACUAAUAAACUCACAGCUUUAUAAACAAUAUUUAUUGUUAAAAUAUUUGAAAUCUUUGUAUUCAAACUGUAAUGCAUUAUCUUCAAUAGUGUUAUAAUGGGUGUUCGUUUCAAUUGAGCAAUGAAAAGAACACCUCUGCAAUAUUUUACUUGGAUGGUUUAUGGAUGGACAAACUUUCAAAUUCAUUAUGGUCUGAAUCACAUUUGACAUGUGCACCGCACACGAAUCCCCUAACUACUCCAUCUUAGUCUUCAUCUGAGCUCUAUUUAAGUUUAGACAAAGUUUUAGACUAAUUAGGUUUGUAGUUAUGGUGCAUUCUGUUCAAAGCUUUUGAUUAAAUUCAAAACCUUUUUUUUUGUUUACUUAGUUUCAUUAUGUGUCAUGUAUAAUAAUAUUUCAUUUAAGUUCAAACUGUGAUUUAUUUAAUUGUUUAGGACUAAAGUUGGAUUUUAGGGCUCAUUGAUGUUUUCCAAUUUUUCAUAUUCGACUGUUCAUGUAGAACUCCAUGUUUCUUAACUAUUUAUUAGUAUUGCAAUGUGUUCAAAAUUGUGUGUUCAACAGUAAGUAUAUGUUUUAGUGAAUAAGAAUACAUUCACAUAUAUUGUUAUUGUCAGUUCCUUAAAAUAUGUGAAACUCUUUAAGGAUCCAAGGUAGAUUUUCAUCUCAGGAUGAUGUAUGGACUGUUAAAGGAGUAUUUCAGAUGUACUGUCCAUACAAAGUUUAACUUGCAGUUUACCUAAGCAGUAAUUCUCCUUUUUAUUCAAAGUCAUAAUCAAAUUUGAUAUGAAUAACUUAUCGUACAAUAAUAGUUUUGACAACGUUCUGACCCUAUAUUUUUCAGUUUCAUUGCCGUGUAGUAUACUUAUAUAUGAUGAGGGUAUUAUAGUUCACUUUUGUUUUGCUGCAUAAUGUAAUCAUGAUCGUCUGUUUUUUUCAUAAGUAUUAAAAUGUUAUUCAGAGUUGAUAUCUAGGUUAGCUGUGUGCUUGAAAUUUAGUUCCAAAUAAAUAAAUAAAAACAGAAAUUAAAGGGAUUGUAUUCUUCAAAUGUUCUCCUUUUUUAGCCUCCCUAUGGUUAUUGAAAGUACUUUCAUAUAGAUUGUAAUACUGGAAAACUGGAUUUGUUUUAUUUUCGCAAAUAUUAAUGAUUUUGUUUCGCGUUCAAAACAAGCACAAAUCAACAUGUCUUUGAUCUUACAAUCGAUAUGUGCUAGUGUCAUGUGUCUGCCCAAUCAUGUGUUUUAGGGUAACAAGUUUAAAUUUGUUAUGAUCAAUGUUAUCAUGAACAGGUGCAUAUGAUGUGUUAAAACAGUCUUUUGUGAAUGGACUUUUCUGUUUUUCAAGCUAAGUCUUCUGGUAAUGACAUGCAAAUUGCAACACUAUUUUGUUAUGAAAUGUAUAUAUUAAAUUAUAAGAAUGUUCGAAUUUAGGCCAAGGUAACAAGGUCUUUUUAAAUUCACAUCCUAAUGUUGACGCGAAUGCCAGAUUAAGCAAAUACAUUAAAAUGGCCUUUUUUAGAGUAAACUUGCACAUUCAAGCUCAUGAAAUCUAAUGAAACCUGUUUUCUUCCUUCAUAAACUAAUGAAGACAGCGCAGGGUUAACAUUUGAUCUGGUUCAUGUCGGUUUGUUGUCUGUUUUUCUCUGUCACUGGCUGCCCAAGUAAAACACCAAACAUAGUUCAAAUACCAAUUAUAAAUGGUUUUAUACGCAAGUUAAAAAUAGGUGAUUGUACCUCCAUUGGCAUAUGAAAACUCAUGAGCAAAUCAAAGCUAAAUAAAAGAACAAAUAUCUAUACAGUGUAUUUUCAAGGUCAAUGCACGUAGUUGCCUAUUGUGAUGAUUUGAAACUAGUGCAUACUGAGGUCUUGUGGCUGUAAGAGCUAUUCUGUGUUAAACCAACUAUUGUUUUAUUGCCUAGAUGAAUGUUGUUCUCUUUUAAAGAAGACACUCAUAACAUUUAGCAUGAUAAAUAUAUACUUGUGAUAGAUAUUAAAUUGUCGCAACAUUUUAAAGGGGCUUGUUCAUAUAUAUGAGUUAUCAGUUGCCAUUAUGAUGUGUGUCUUAACUUGAGAGAUCUAAGCAUCAUGUUUAAUCACUGUGUGAACAGGUCCCUUUAUGAUGGCAUUUACAUGUAUAUUUGAAGUAGACUGAAGUUUAAGUGUUUGUUUAGUGUUAUAAAACACGUUCAAUUAAUUGUUAUGCUCCCCAAAAAUUUAUUUUGGGGGGAGCAUAUAGUCGCCGCUUCGUCUGUCCAUGUGUGCAUCUGUCUGUCCGUGCACAAUUUUUGUCCGGGCUAUUUCUCAGCAACUAAUGACCGGAAUUCAAUGAAACUUUAUGGGAAGCCUCAUUACCAAGAGGAGAUGUGCAUAUUAUCAGCCAGUUCUGGUCGGAUGAUUUUUCACAGAGUUAUGGCCCUUUGAAAUUUUCUAUAAAAUUCUUGUCCCCCCAACUACUGUGCCCUCAAGACGUUUCCUUUUAUCUGAAUAUUGUGACACAAAAAAACUUUGGGGAGCAUCACCCGUGUCAGACGGUUUCUUGUUUUAGUUUUGUUAUGUUCUUUGUAAACUGCCUGUUAGAUAUUUUUGGUUUGAUAUCCAUUCCUUUCUUACCGGAAGAAUUUAACUACAUUUAAUAUUCUGGCAAGCCUAUGAACGGACGUUUUCAUUGUUUUUUUGCCAACAUAAGUGUAGAGGAAUCAUGCAAAUUUAGUUAUAAUAAGAUGGAUCAAUUUGAAAUUGGCUACAACACAUUAUUAAAUUUAAAUGAUUGCUUUUCAAGGAUUCUCACAGUGAUUAGUUUGUUAAGUUAUAUAAACAUGACUUGGUGAAACAAGUCUUCUUGAAACCCUUAAAAUAACUCUAAUAGGAACAUGGAUAUCAAACUCGUAAGACUUUUCUAAUAUUUGUAACAUUGCAAACUUUUUCAUUCUUUGUAGGUACAGAAUGUGGAUCAUAGUGUAUAGUUCCUAGCAAGUUGUUAUGUGUAAGCAUAGUACCCUCAAACUCUGGACUGACUGGCAGCAUGUCAUCAUUGAUCAAGUUUCACCUUCAUGGUUGAGUCUCGACCAUCAACAGUGGGUUCUCAUCAUAGCAGACAUGAAUUCGCCUUGCCCAUACAAGAGAGCGAUUGUGUGUCAUCUCUGAAGGAUCAGCGCAGUCUAUACGUGGAAGAUUGUGUAUGGAUGUAUCUUAAUGUAACUACAAACCUGUGAAGAUGUUGUGUGUUGCUUUUCUUUCAUGACAUGAUUUACAAUUGGGCUCUUAACAGAUAACGAUAAGUCUAAUGGAGCAUUUAAAUGUUUUUUAAUCCUUAAAUAUGCAUUCUUAUCAUCAUCAUGUAAAAAUUCAUAGUAAAUAUUCGAAAAAAUGUGA